GGAUAGCAGCUGCCUUCCUCCCUAACUUCAUCUAACUGGGCCAGUAAACAAAGAUGCUGGAGGGAUUUUAGUUGAUGCACUGAAACUACUGUUUAUAUAUUUUCUUGAUAAACCUUGCUAUUAUUGAAAUGGAGAAUUCUGUGUUCCAGCAUUUCCAUCCGGAAUGUGAGCUUUCUAUCAGUAAGGCAAUAAAUUUGGAGUUGCAUGCUGGCUACGUCUAUUUUUCCAUGACUUAUUACUUUGGCCAUCAUGAUGUAGCCCUGAAACACUUCUCAAUGUUCUUCCGAGAGCAGUCCAAAAAGAAGAUGAAACAUGCAGAGAAAAUUCUUCAGUACCUAACCAAAAGGGGAGGACAUCCUGUUCUGGAAAAUAUCCUAAAGUCAGAGGUACAAUACUGGUCAGAUGGUCUUCAGGCUCUGGAAGAAGCUCUUGUGAUGGAGAAGGCUGUUAAUGAGGAAUUGUUGAUUCUGUGCAAUAAGGCAAAGGAGCAUGAAGAUCCACAUGGAUGAACUGAUCAUAUGAGGCGUCAGGAUACUAACAGCCCCUCAACAAUUCUCUCCUAUAGCUCUGUGGCUUCUUGGAGUCUGAACUCCUCGAUGAACAAGUGAAGAUCAUCAAACUGCUUGGAGAUUACAUCACUAACUUGAAGAGACUGGGAAUGCCUGAAAAUAGGUCUGGGGAAUACAUAUUUGACAAGUACACACUAGGAAAAACUUGUCAGAGUUCCCCCUAAUACCUUCAGGCCUUAGGGGUCCUGCUGUUGGAUACCCUCAAUAUGUAACUCCUCUCUGCAGAGCAAGAAUAAAGAGUUGGCAUCU